AUGGCUGAGCCAACCUCGUCUGAAAUAGAAAUCCAAAACAAAUCAACCCAAAUCCAUGAAGCCAGUCCCUUACUAAAUGAUGAUGAUCUAGAAAAUUUAUUUGGGCCGGGGGUGGUAGACUACACCACUCCUUCAUCAUGGGCGGUGGUGAAGUUGCCUCAGUUCUUCCUACUGAAGGGAGACAACGGCAGGUACCUGAAAUCAGCCCCUGAUAGUAACAAUAAUCCAACUAAUAUGUUUAUUGCAAAUGACAAAAUGGACGCCACCGUGUUUGAGGUGGUGCCCUUGUCUGAUGGCUCUGUGGGUAUCAGGUCGACUUUCUAUAACAGAUUCUUGGCAAGUGUUGUAGGACAGGGCACCGACAUUCAUGGAAUACACACUACAGUUGCUCAGUUGGAGGAUGACUGGAGAAGUCGCUUUUGGCCGGUCAAGCUCGGAAGAGGUACUGAUACUCGUCUCAUAGGCCUGCGGCUGUUUCAGAAUCGAAUGGUUGGAUCGCGAUGCCGCAAUUUUGGUCCCACCCUUGGUGCUAGUAAUGGACCAGCUACGAAGAGUGCGGGGUUCGAGCUGGAGGAGGCGGUUAGCCAGCGGCAAAUAUAUGGGGUCACAUACCAUAUGGACCAGGCCAAGAUCUCUGACCAUGAACCACUCACCUCAGUGACCAAAGAUGUGAUGAACUGGUCCAAAACCCCGCAGAAGGGAGUGUUAAGCUUCUCCCACACUGAGAGGGAGAGCCACAGUUGGGGGUCUACUGAUUCGUGGAAGAUUUCGGCAUCUGUUGGGAUGUCGGUAAGAAUUCCUUUCGUUAAGAGUACUGAUAUUACAACUGAAGCCUAUUAUUCAGGUGCAUAUGAAUGGGGAGAAGAGCAAGAGACAGCAAAGGAAAUAGGCACACAACUUGAAGUGGAAGUUCCACCAAUGAGUAUGGUCCAAGCAACUAUGAUUGUGCAAAAGGGCAAACUCGAGGUUCCCUUCUCCUAUGGUCAGCGUGAUACCCUUUACAACGGUUAUACUUCCCUAACUAAUUUACCCGAUGGUUUAUUCACCAGUGUCAAUACCUACGUUACCUAUGAGACUACUAAGCGAAGUCUCGCUUAA